ACUGUCAUUUCUGAAGAUAUAGUAAACAUUAUUAUUAUCAUUAUUGGGAACGUUCCUUACGUUUGUUUUUGUUGCUCAGCUGAUCUUAUUGUGGUCCCCGUCCGCUCACUUGACAGGAUUACUCUACAGUAAUGAUAUAACAUGAGUAGUGUGAGGGUGGAUGUACAGUGGUCUCCACUGGCUGAUGACCAGUUUCUCACUUGGGGAUCAGACCUUCAGCUUUAUCAGGUCCAAGAAAUAUCUCCAACAGAUGUCGUUGAAUUACCUCGUUUUAGACUGGGUCCCAAAACAGCUGCUUCUCUCUUAGCGACAAACAGUGACCUUCAGUAUAUUAAAUGUGUGGCUUGGUGUCCUGGCCUGGAAACUGAUCCUUCUAGUCAUCUCAUAGCUGUAGGGCAAGCUAAUGGCAAGGUAGCGCUCACUAAUUUCAGCAAGGUUCAUGACCCUCGAGGGAUUAAGGGGAAGGAAUUCAUUCCAAAGCAUUCCCGUCCUGUCAAUUCUCUGUCGUGGAACACCCAGGAGCCGCAGCUUCUUGCAGCAGGUCUAGACAGGGGACGAUCUGAUCCUUCAGUUAGUGUUUGGGAUGUUACCCGUGGUAGUCAGCCAUCUUCGUAUUCAAAUGAGCAGAAAAACUCUUCGAGUGAUGUUAAACCUCUGGUUGAAUUUGGUUUGAAUGAAACCUGCCAUAGUUUAGCAUUUUCUCUACAUGCGAGCAGGACAUUGAUUACUGGGAUGAACAACAAGCAUAUAAAAUUAUUUGACAUUAGAGAUUCAAAGGCUCUUACAUCUGUCAAUACUAAGGCAGUCAAUGGAAUUUGUACAGAUCCUCACAAUGAACAUAGGUUUGCUUCAUUUGUGGAUAAUCAGGUUCAUAUUUGGGAUUUUCGAUACAUAGAACGUCCUUUCUCUAUUUAGAUAUCAAAUAAACCUGUAACAAAAUUAUUGUUGUGCCCAUCAAGAGCAAGUUUGUUGGGUUCAUUAGGAAAAGAUAGUUCUGCAGUUCGAAUUCAUGACAUAUUGAAUUAUAUUGUUGGUGGGGAAGAUCAAGAACCAGCAGUCAUCACAAGAGUUAUUACCCCUGAUCAAAGUAAUUUCAUAUCAGCAUUCUCCUGGCAUCCCACACAUGAAAACAGAAUCAUAACUGCAUCUUAUACAGGUAAACUGGUUGACAACGUUGUUCACGAGAGAAUCACUUUGAAUUGGUCUGUUACAAGUGCCUUAGUAUGGACAAAUGGAAAGAAAAUGCUGCAACAUGUAGACAACGAGCAUCCAAUGUAUCCUCACUUGGAUGAUAUUUCUACUGCCAUCAUGAUUCGAGCUAAGAAAAGAUAUGGAUUAUUUGUUGAAAAUUUAGCAAGUAAUGGAGAUGUAACAGAUGACAUGUCUUUGAAAAACCUUUGGACCUGGCUUGAUGCGGCUAAAAGUCACGUGUCUGGGAAUUUCAAGUUACCAGGAGGUACACCAUACAGAUACCAUGGUGUUUUGAGUUUAAUGACAAUGGGAAACACCAGUUCUGAUGUGACACACAGACCUUGGGUAGGACUAGAAGGUAUUAAACCUUCGUAUGCUAAAGUCUUCAGAUCUGAAGAACGUAUCCGAGCUUUAGAGCUGUGUUCUUGGGGAUUUGAUAAUGAGGCUGUAUUGACUAGCUUCCUGAACCAGUUAGAGGCAACUGGAAAUUACACUCGUGCUGUUGCUAUUGCUGUCUUCAACCAACGUAUAAGGCAGGCCAUUCAAAUUUUGCAACGAGGAGCAAAAGCCAGGAAGGAUCCAGGUUUAAAUUCAACUGCAAUGGCUUUAUCAGGUUACACAGAAGAACGGAAGGGACUGUGGAGGGAGACGUGCACUGGCCUGCGUUCGCAGCUGAGUGACCCUUAUCUUCGUGCUAUGUUUGCUUUCUUAACAGAUGAUGCAGAUUCAUAUGACCCUGUUUUGAGUGAAACAGAAAUUGCCAUUCAGGAUCGUGUGGCAUUUGCUUGCUCUUAUCUCAGCGACUCAAGGCUGAAGGAGUAUUUGGAACGUCUCAAUGCUCGUCUGACCGAAGAAGGAAAUCUGGAUGGCAUUCUUUUAACAGGUCUGUGUUCGGAAGGAAUUGAUCUUCUUCAACGAUAUGUUGACCUAACUGGUGAUGUUCAGACUGUUGCAUUAGUGACAAUACAUGCACUCCAACACUUGGUUUCAAAGGACACCCGGCUUUCCCAUUGGGUUCAGAGUUAUCGCAGUUUAUUAGACAGUUUACGUUUGUGGAAUGAACGUGCAGAACUAGAUGUCAUCAUGAACAAGAGUCGAUAUGCAGAGCGACCUCCACAGCACGUCUACAUUACUUGUACUUUUUGUAUGAAGAGUAUUUCUGCAUAUAUUCAAGCACCUGGUAGACCAAGAAACCCUUAUGCAAGAUUUGGAACUGGUUCGGCAAAUAAGUCCAAGAUGCAAGCGUGCCCCAACUGCCGCAAACCUCUUCCUCGGUGCUCGCUUUGUUUAGUCCACAUGGGUACUGUUUCUGGCUGGUGUAGUUCCUCUAAAGUAACAGGUACAGAGGAUGAGUCAAAUACUAAUGCUGAUGAUCCAAAGAAAAAGUUGGCAAAUAUCAUGACGUGGUUUACUUGGUGUCAGACCUGUAGACAUGGUGGACAUGCUCAACACCUUAUGGAGUGGUUCAAGGAACAUACCGAAUGUCCUGUAACACAAUGUAAUUGUAAAUGUAUGUUACUGGACACAGUCAGUAGAAUUCCAUCGUCAUCCACGUAAAUUCAUACCGAAGAUAACUUAAAAUUAUUAAGCAACUAUUUGCAUUUUUUAAACUUUUGUAUGGAAACUUACUUUAGGGUCUGUAAAAAAAUAAAAAAAGAUUUGCAUAAAAGACAUCUUUAAAAGGUUAUAUGUUUUGUUACCUUGAUAUGUAAAGAAUAGUAACAGUUAUUGUAACAUUCUGAGAUUUCAUAUUGAAAUGCUUUUUAUGUUUAUACCUUCAGUAUAUUGGUAAUUUAAGUGGUGCUAAUAAAUUUUUUGCAAAAAAAUAUAUUUUUAUGUACAUGUAUAUGAAUUCCAAAUGGCAUUGUCUGUAGAGUAGACAUAUACUGUAGUAAUGUGUAUAGUCCUUUUACCUUGUUUUACUUCUUUCUUUUAAGAAUAUGACCUUUUAUUUUGUUUUACUCCUUUCUUCUGAGAAUAUGAUUUUAGUAGCACAUAAGAAGUCACUAUAUGUGUUGCUUUUUUAAAAGAUUGUCAUAAAAUUUCACUCCUUUUGUAAUAUGAGUACAGUUAUGGAAACUAAACCAUAACCCUGUUAUCUAUUUUAAUAAUCUUAAAACAUUUUGUGAAGAUUAUUUAAUUUUUAUUUCGGCCGACUUAAGAGCUGUUAGCCAAAUUAUAUUAGUAUCUUUGUUUCCUGUCCUUGGAAAUUUUAUGAAAUGACUUUCUAAUAUGUGGAAUGCUACAAUGUAUGUAUUUUAAAAAUAAAAAUUUUGUAACAUU